GAAAUCAUGACUGUCAUAUUUCAAUGCUGCCAACAUACAGUAGUAAAUAAAUUUGACAAUCUGCUUUGUAAUCAUGGCGUCAGAACGUUACAGCUUUUCUCUUACAACUUUUAGCCCUUCAGGAAAAUUAGUGCAAAUUGAAUAUGCUUUAGCCGCUGUAGCUGCCGGCGGCACGUCCGUCGGUAUUAAAGCGUCCAAUGGCGUGGUAAUAGCGACAGAGAACAAACACAAGAGCAUCCUUUAUGAUGAACACAGUGUUAACAAGGUGGAAAUGAUCACAGGCCAUAUUGGCAUGGUCUACUCUGGGAUGGGCCCCGACUACCGGCUGCUGGUGACCCAGGCGCGCAAGAUGGCCCAGCAGUACUACCUCAUGUACCAUGAGCCUAUCCCGACGGCUCAGCUCGUCCAGAGAGUCGCCACCGUUAUGCAGGAGUACACACAGUCAGGUGGUGUGCGGCCGUUCGGAGUGUCGCUGCUGAUCUGCGGGUGGGAGGGCGGGCGGCCGUACCUGUUCCAGUGCGACCCCUCGGGCGCCUACUUCGCGUGGAAGGCCACGGCCAUGGGCAAGAACUUCAACAACGGGAAGACGUUCUUGGAGAAGAGGUAUACUGAAGACUUGGAGCUGGAUGACGCCGUCCACACCGCCAUCCUCACGCUGAAGGAGGGCUUCGAGGGUCAGAUGACUGCCGACAAUAUUGAGGUGGGGAUCUGCGAUGCGGCCGGGUUCCGCCGCCUGGAGCCGGCCCACGUCAAGGACUACCUCGCCAACAUCCCCUAAGAUUUAUUUAUGGUGCAUUAAAUGAGUUUUAUUUCUAA